UUUCGUCCAAAACUAGAAUCAGCUGUCAAAAUGUGAAACUUUCUACCACAUGUUACUACACGAUAAACACUACACACGAUUACACGGUGGCUUGACUUGUUAUCGAUAUGCACGGUCUUGCUUAUGGUUAGAGAUCGAUCAAUUGAUUGUGUUUGGUUAAAAUUUCAAAAAUGGCAGAAGCUAGAAGCGCUGUUUCGCGUCCCAGAGUGGGGCGAAUAGAAGAAGGUCGAAACCCCAGGGAGGAUUUUUUGUUCGGUUUGAGGACACACGCUAUAAGACGAUUCUUUCGUAUAAGGAAUUCCAUCAAGAAUGGCAUGUGGCCCACUAAACUUUGGAAUCUUGUGGUUAUGGUGGGGGUGCUGUCUGUGGUCUUGGUGGGUGACUGGGAGCCACUACGACCUCUCACCGGGCGCCUGAGAUACAUGGAGGAGGUCCUGCACAUUCCUGGAGACUGGCCAUUGCUGGCGAGGAGCCUCCUGACCUCAUUUAUAGCUGGCUUCAUCUUCUUCAUCAUUCUACUGCAUGUCAGACGAUACACACUGAGGAUGUUGCUAUCAUACAGAGGUUGGAUGUAUGAGCAACCAAAGACUCAGUCACUGGCCACGACUGUGUGGGGACUCCUGGUUCAUCUGGUCAGUGGAAGUCAUCCAUCUUUGUACGGGUGCCAGCAGAGUCUGCCUAGGCAACCAGUUCCGCCACUAAAAGAAACUCUUAAGUCCCUAAUCCAGUCCCUGAAGCCCUUGUAUGGAGAGGACUCUCAAAUCAUUCAGGAUCUGAAAAAGGAGUCAAAGGAAUUUCAGAGGACCUUGGGGCCCAAACUACAGAGAAUUCUCUACCUGAAAUCCUGGUGGGCCCAACAUUACGUUACUGACUUCUGGGAGAAGUACGUCUAUUUGAUGGGCAGAAGUCCUCUGCCGAUAAACAGUAACUACUACAUAAUGGACCAGAGCAAUUGGAAACCAACAUCAAGUCAAGUGGCAAGAGCUGCCAAUGUGAUAUACCAGUUCAUGCUAGUGCGUCAAAGCAUUGAGCAUGAGAAAAUGGAGCCUCUGUUGAUCCGAAACACGAUCCCGAUCUGUAUGGCACAAUACGAACUUGUGUUCUCAACUACCAGAGUGCCUGGUGAAGAAAUGGACCAACUUGUGCAUUACAGUUCUACAGAGUCCAAGCACAUCAUUGUGAACAGGAAGGGAGUGAUGUACAAGCUGGACAUGUUCGACAUGGACAGGAAGCUGGUUUCACCUGCCGAUCUUCAGAAGCAGCUUCACUGGAUCAUGAUGGACGCAGAGAGACAUCUUGGUGACUACUCAGAGGAGGCCAGAAGUCUGCCAGCCUUGACCGGUCUCAACCGUAAGGAGUGGGCCACUGUAAGACAGACACACUUCAACGGGGGCCUAAAUCAAGAUUCCCUGGCAACGCUGGAAAAGGCACUGUUUCAUGUUGUCCUGGGAACAGAAAUCCAUGAGGACAUCUCCUCAAGAGCUCAGUACCUUUUCCAUGCGGACGGGAAAUCUAUAUGGUUUGACAAGUCGUUAACGCUGCUGGUUCAGCCGGACGGACGUAUGGGUCUGAACUGUGAACACUCCUAUGCUGACGCUCCCGUGCUUGCCCACAUUAUAGAGAUUAACUUCACUCAGGAAGCCGUUCAUGGUCUGCUGUCUCCAGAACUUGACCUUGAGAGCUGUGACCUUGACCUGCAUGAAUCUAAAAGUAGCCAUUCUAUUUAUAGACCAGAAAGGCUAGUCUGGGAAAUCCCAGACAGUCUUGGCAGGUCUAUUAAUAGCGCACACCUAACAGUAUUAAAGGCCAUAGAAGAUAUAGAUUUACGUGUGGAGGGCUAUUUCAAGUAUGGGAAAGGAUUUGUGAAGACUUGCAAGGUCAGUCCAGAUGCAUACAUCCAGAUGGCUCUGCAGGUGACCUAUUUUAAGAACGCCAAGGAGCACUGUCUCACGUAUGAAUCCUCAAUGACGCGUCUCUACCUACAGGGUCGUACAGAGACUGUACGGUCACUGACAAUGGAGGCCUCAAAGUUCGUAUGGGCGUUUGUGGAUAAGACGGUUCCCCGUGCAGACAAGAUCCGCCUUCUACAGGAGGCCUGUGAGGCUCACGCCAGGCAGUACAAGGACUGUAUGAGCGGGCGCGGCAUCGACAGGCACCUGUUUGCCCUCUACGUCGUCAGCAAGGGACUAGAAUAUGACUGUGAGUUCUUGAAGAAGUGCCUCAGCAUUCCGUGGACACUGUCUACCAGUCAGUCACCACAGCAGCAGCUGCUCAACUCACCGAGCUGUGAUUUACCUGAGUACAGAGACAAGACCAGUCCAGGAGGUGGUUUCGGCCCGGUUUCCGAUGAUGGUUAUGGUGUGGCGUACAUGAUUCCUGGAGAUUUCAAAUUCUUCUUCCAUGUGUCUUCUAAAAAAUCGUCUAAAAAGACAGACUCAAGCUUGUUCAUGAGCCAGCUAUUUGAAACACUCGACCAAAUGAAAGAACUCUUUGAGGAAAAUUGA